GCUGCUCAUCCCAUCUUCCUUCCUCGGCAGGGCACUAAAAUUAUAUUUAGUGAGAAAUUAGAGUGAAAGAUGGAUACUGGCCGUGCAAUUACAGAAAUGCUUUUGGUUUUGAAAGUAGUGAGGCUGUUUUUUGUUAUAGCGACUGCUGUUAUUGGAGUUGGCAACUCAGAACACGCUGCUGCAGGGAACAUUAUUCGUCAUGGUGGAAGAAAACUUGCUGAAACUCCUAGUCCAGAAUCUCAAGGUUUCAUCAGUAUUGACUGUGGUAGUAAUGAAGAUAAUUACAUUGCACCGACAACGGGUAUUCCUUACACGUCAGAUAAAGGAUUUAUAGAUACUGGAAUAGCUGAAACGGUCAUGUUUGGAACUUAUGAUUAUCAGCUACUAAAGAAAUUGAGAAGUUUUCCUCAAGGAAAAAGGAAUUGUUACACACUGCAACCUAAUCAAGGCAAAAACAACAAGUACUUGAUCAGAGCUAGAUUCGCAUAUGGAAAUUAUGAUGGCAAAGACAAGGGACCAGUAUUUGACCUAUAUCUU